UUAACAGUUUUAAUUUGUGUUAUCGUGACUACAUAUUGUUUAGAAGUCUCUUCAAAUCAUAAUGUUCAAACAUCUCAAUGUCCCCCAAAAUGUUCAUGUGGUAAACAAAUGAUUUAUCAAUUAGAGAGUCGAGUCAUGACAGUUAAUUGUUCAAGUGUAGGGUAUGUUGAUAUUCCAACCCAGUUACCUAGCAACACAAUGGCUCUGAUUCUUACAAACAAUAUGUUCCGUAAUUUAACACAUUUAGGACCGUUUGGUAAUUUACAAUUUCUGGAUUUAUCUCACAAUGUUAUUCAAUAUAUUGAUAAUCAGUGGUUAUUUGAAUACCUUCCUAACUUACAUAUUUUACGUCUCUCAAAUAAUGCCAUACGCAAUUUACGUCAUGGUAGUUUUUCAGGAUUAAAAAAUCUUCAGUCGUUAGAUUUAUCACAUAACGUUCUGAUUCAUAUUGAACUUCAUGCGUUUGGUGGAUUGAAUCAUCUCGUUAGACUGUAUUUAGACCAUAAUCAAAUCACUGAACUCAAUAGAUCCUGGUUUUUAUCUAUGAGUUUAUUAUACGAAGUUUAUCUAUCCCAUAAUCGUAUCAAUCGUCUGGAUGCCAACAGUUUUGACAUGUUAUCCCAAUUAACUCAUCUUGAUUUAUCUAAUAAUGUAAUCAAAUUCAUUGAUCAACGUGCAUUCAACGGAUUAAUCAACUUAAAGUUUUUAGACUUGUCAAAUAAUAUGUUGGCAUCAGUUACAGCUGGCAGUUUUACACUAAUGUCUAAUCUACAGACAUUGAAUCUUAAUUCAAAUCCAAUGCACAGGAUAACAAGUAUGGAUUUUAGUGACUUAAAUGUGACAGAGAUUUCUCUAAGUUACAUGCCAGUUCUUAGAAUUGUUGAUAGGAAAGCUUUUAGUGAAUUGUCUCAACUCCAUUCAUUAAAAAUUCAUGACAAUCCAGCUUUAUUGUUUGUUCAUUCGAAGGCUUUCAACAAUAUAGUGCGCCUACAAAAGCUCUAUUUACAUAAUAAUGGAUUAAGAGGAAUAUCUUCCGAUAUUCAACUUUCCCUUUUAAAUCUUAGAGAACUUCAUUUAUACCACAAUCCUUUACAUUGUGAUUGUAAUAUCUAUUGGAUCAAAAAACAACUAGUGAAUGCCGAAAUAAAAAAUAUAACAACAAUUUUCACCUAUUCUGAUAAAUUAGUAUGUGAUUCACCAGUAACAAGUGUAAAUGUCCCUUUAAGACAAGUUCCAUUGACUAUGUUAUCACCAGUGUGUCCACCUACAUCACUACCAUUAUUCUACGAUCAUUAUAAUCUCUCUGUUGGACAGACUCUUACUUUAGAGUGUCAAGCAUUGGGUGUGCCCACUCCAGACUUAAUAUGGCUUCUUCCAGAUGGUAGUGAAUUUAAUUCUACCACCAACAAUAAACGUCUUGUGAAUCAAAACAAUAUAAUAUCUAUUCAUGGUGUUGUGCAAUCAGACAGUGGAACAUAUGCAUGUAAAGCAGCAAAUUCUUUAGGAUUUGACAUCAGUUCAACAGCAGUUAAUGUCAUCAAUAAAAAUCUCAAAAUUGUUCCCAUAAAAGUGACUAGUGAUACAAUAACAGUGGCCUGGAUAGGCAAAAUUCCAAGACUACAAUUGAACAAUUUUCAACUCAUUUAUCAUAUCAUACAGUCAGAGGACUUCAUUCAUAAAAUACAUCUUCACAAAUCAUUACACAGAUAUACUUUGAAAGAUUUAUCUCCCCUUACCACAUAUGAAUUUUGUCUCACCUAUUUUCAUCAAUAUAUCAUCAAUUGUCAAAAUAUUACUACUCCUCAAAAAACUGCUGUGAAACUGGGUAUUACUCAGAUAACAAACUCUCAUAUUAUUGUUGGUAUUAGUAGUUUUGUGAGUGUUAUAUUAGCCUUAUUAUUUCUAGUGUAUAUAUUGAAAAGAUUUAGAACCAAGAAGGGCUACAUGGAUCCUGAUGGAAGCAAACAGGAUAAUAUGUCUCAUAUUCCAUUGGAAAAUAUAAGUCAGCCA